CUGUUCGAACUUUUGAAGGCUUCAUUUUGAUAGUAGAAUCGUAAUCUCUGUUUAGGUUUCGUAGCUCGAGAUUGUUUGACUUACUAAUUUGAGGUUCAUAUAUGUUCUGGUAGCUUGAUUGCCAAGACUCUUCAUCUAGAUCAAUGGGGAAGCAAGUUAAUAACACGUUCACUUGGGUGAUUAAGAAUGUCUCCACUCUGCAAGGUCAGGAAGUUCGUUCUGAAAUUUUCGUUGUUGGUGGCUGCAAAUGGCGUCUUAUUGCCUAUCCAGAAGUUAACAAUGUUGAUGGUUACUUGUCUUUGUCUGUGUAUCUGGACGUUCCUGAUUGUUGUGAGUCUUUGCCUUCUGGAUGGAAAAGGCAUGCAAAAUUUUCCCUAACUAUAGUAAAUCAAAUUUCAGAAGAACUCUCCCAACUGCAAGAAGGAUGGCGCUGGUUUGAUGAGAACACAAAGAUUUGCGGUUUUAGAGACAUGAUUCCCGUAGUCAACCUUCAUAACAUAAAUGGUGGGUUCUUGUUGAAUGGGGAGCUCACGAUUAUUGCUGAAGUUGAAGUUCAUGAAAUUAUUGACACGUUAAAUGCAUCACAAGUUGAAGAGUACUUUAGUGAUGAUUCCUCUGAAGAUUUUCAGAACAAAGAUAAUGUAAAUAUCGAAGUAAACGGCUUUCAGGUUCUUGAUUCGCAGGUUGAUCAGGUGAAUGCAAUCUUUGAGAAACAUCCAGAUCUCACGUCGAAUUUCAAUUUAAAGAAUCAACAUAUCAAGAAUGCUUACAUGCAUGCUCUUCUUGACCUAAUCAAGACACUCUGCAAAUCUCCUAAGGACCUCACCGUAGAAGACAUGAACAAAGCAGACAAUACGCUUACUGAUCUGGUAAAAGCAGGCUUGAACUUGGAUUGGUUGAGUCAUAAGUUGGAUCAGGCUUUGGAAAAGCAGAUAGAUUACGACACACGGAUCAGAGAACUCGAGAAACAGGUCAAGAAGCGAAAGCUGGCAGUGACAGAACUUGAAGCCGACCUGGAGAAAGAGAAAGCUGCAGCUUCGGCUUCAUUGAUAUUGUUUGACUAAGAUUUUAAGAUGAAGUUGUGCUU